CUGCUGCUCAACAAACAUUUCUGAUUAUUAUCAAUGUUGCUGGAUGUUUUAGUGGGAUUUCCAGGUGUUUCCUUGACUGCGGUGUCGCAGCAGGAGGAGCGUCCGAUAAGACAGAUCCUGUAUCUGGGGAACCUGCUGGAGACGUGCCACUUCCAGAGCUUCUGGGUACACACUCGCGCGCACACACACAUACUCUCACUCACUCACUCACACACACAUGAUGAUGUCUGUCUCACUGCAGACACACAGGUGAAGGUCUGGAUGAAUAAGUACGGCUGGACGGAGAAUGAAGAUGGACAGAUAUUCAUUCAUAACCAGGAGGAGAGCGUCAAGCCCAAGAACAUCGUGGAAAAAAUCGACUUUGAGAGUGUGUCCAGCAUCAUGGCGACGUCACAGUGAACACACACACACACACACACUCCAUCUCAUGCCUGAGUUUCCUCUUGAUUUAAUUUUGCAAUAAAGUCAUUUCAGUUAA